UCGUCGGUUUCCGGAAGAUCAUUGAAGCUUUUCGAAAAGAAAGAAAAUGGAAUCCUGAAAUCGCACUUAGCUCAACAUUCGAGCGUUUUUCAUAGAGUGGCAGAAGAACAACGGGGCUGUACGAUAACAUCCGAACAUCAGUGAACAGCAGCUGGAUCUCGCUGAAGAUUGGAGAACGUCCCCUCGAUCUCCCCCCCUUCUGAGUCAAUGGAGGGGUCUGACGGUUCGGAGCAGAGUGGCAGUGACCAGCCGGAGUCCCAGCGCAGAAGGCAGCUGGACCGCCUGGACAGGGAGGAGGCCUUCUACCAGUUUGUCAACAAUCUCAGUGAUGAGGACUAUCGGCUCAUGAGAGACAACAAUCUGCUGGGAACCCCAGGAGAGGUAACCGAGGAUGAGCUGUUUAAUAGACUUCAGCAAAUCAAAGAUGGUCCUGAGCAGCCAAAUAACAACACCCCUAGUACUGAAGUUGGAGAAGAGCCAGCUGUACAACCAGAAACCUCAGAGGAUCCUGCCGGUGGAGAUAGUCUCCUGGACUGGUUAAACACAGUGAGACGCACCGGCAAUACAACCAGAACUGGACAUCGUGGAAACCAGUCAUGGCGAGCAGUAAGCCAGACCAACCCAAACAGUGGCGAUUUUCGUUUCAGCCUUGAAAUCAGCGUGAACCGUAACCUGGCCGAGCAGCAGGCAGCUGCCGAAGGGGAGCAAGAGUCUCCAGAGGGUCAAGAACAAGGAGUAGUGGCCAGUGCUGAACCUCCGGUCCCCAUGGAGACAGAAGUGGUGGAAGAACCAGUUGUAGAGGAGUUGGCUGUCAUAGUGGAGCCAGAGCCUGAGCUAGAAGAGGUUGUUUCACAAGAGAUUUUAGAAGAAUCUCCCAGCUCACCUGCUGCCUUGCCAGUAGAACCCCCACUGUCUCUUUCUCCACGCAGAGGUCAAAGAAGACCCCGUAGCAGAAGUCCAGAACCACGCAGGACAAGGGCGAGAACAGCCAGGAGCCGUUCCCCUCUGAGCUUGGAUCAGCUGGAUGGUCUCCCUAAUCCACGUCCAGCUCUCAACACUCAAGUCCCUACCCCUGCUACCAGUUCUCCCCCUCUGCCUCAAGUAGAGGGCAGUUCACGGACUCGACAGCAUGUUCUUUCCAGGCAAAGCACAGCUGACAGUGAUGUACAGUCACCUAGGGCAGGUGCCGAAUCUGUCCCAGAGGUCCAAAAUGUUGAAGCUCAGGAAGGAGAGGCUGCUGGGGGAGAGGCUGGAGCAGCAGGACGCCGUCCACCUACUAUUAUGCUAGAUCUCCAGGUGCGUCGUGUGCGUCCAGGCGAAUAUCGGCAAAGAGACAGCAUUGCCAGUCGUACCCGCUCACGCUCCCAGAACUCAAACAACACAUUUCUUUAUGAAAGUGAGCGUGGUGGAUUUCGUAGGACUUUCUCACGCUCUGAGCGUGCUGGUGUGAGGACCUACGUCAGCACUAUUCGCAUCCCUAUUCGAAGAAUCUCUGAUGCAGGUUUGGGAGAGGCCACAUCAAUGGCUCUCCAGUCUAUGAUUAGACAGAUUAUGACUGGUUUUGGUGAACUUGGCUACCUCAUGGAUUCAGACUCUGACUCUUCAGAUUCAAACCGUGGAGCGAGCACACCUUCGGAUCUGGGUGAAACCCUCAACAACCCGGAAGCUACUCCUGCUGCUGUUUCGGCUCCUGCUGCCGAUGUUGAUGAGCCGCCUGCAGCUGCUGGAGUCAGAGCACGGACAGUUGAGACUGAUUUGGUUGAGGGACUUGCCACGGCUCCGCCAGCAUCUGGUGUCAGGGCUCGACCUAGACCAGCUAUCAGCUUAGAGGAGCCCAGCUCGCUGCCCUUCCUGCGACUCGCCCACUUCUUCCUUCUAAAUGAUGAUGAUGAGGACCAGCCCCAGGGGCUUACUAAAGAGCAGAUUGACAACCUCUCCAUGCGCAACUUUGGCGAGAAUGAUGCCUUGAAAACUUGCAGCGUCUGCAUAACAGAGUAUGCAGAAGGUAACAAGCUACGUAAACUACCCUGCUCUCAUGAGUAUCAUGUGCACUGCAUUGAUCGCUGGCUCUCUGAAAACUCAACUUGCCCCAUCUGCCGCAGGGCUGUCCUGGUGUCGGCCAACCGAGAGAGUGUGGUGUAGCUCACAACAGACUGCAGGCCUUUUGCCUCAACCUAAAUAAUCUAAUAUCCCAUGUACACGAGAGACUCUUGAGGAAAUGUGUCUCCACUGUUGAAAUGUAUUUCCUUCAUACCAUUUGUGAGUUUGAUCAUAAUGCAGUUGCAGGUUUGAUACGGGGUGCGCCAUGUAGUGACCUUGGGACAUUUUCACUCUCUAGUAAGACUAUUAUUAAUGCAGUCCAAAGUUAGACACAAGCAAUGCAUGCUGUUUGAAUCGACCUGUAGUGACCAAGCAGUUUUUUGCACUGCGCCAAACAGUGCGCACAAGCAGAUCUGUAUCUAAUAAAGAAUCCCCUGGUUUUAAAUGCUGCACACCUGCAGGUAGUUCAGGCACUUCAACUCCUUUUGUAUUAGCUCCUAAAUGGCGCCUUUAUAUACCAUAAAUUGGGUAAUGGUACAAGUCGUAGUUACACCAGUUCAAAGUAUUAGCUGUAAAUAAGCUUGUAUAAAUAAUUUUGAAUCAUACUUUGUAUCAUUGAAUUGGUUUUGGAUUGUAAAUUAUCUGAUGAAGAUUAGGAUAGUGUUGGCCUCAGUUACUCGAUCACAGCAUCCAAAUCUGGUGUAAAGCAAAUAGGUGAUAUCGGUGUACACAUCAGAAUUAUUUAGAGAUCGUGAUGUUCAAAGGGUGUAGGACAUGAAUUGGUUUGACAUCUACAGUGUGACUUGUUCUCUCUCUCUCUUUCUGUUUUUCGUUCACCUGAAAGAAACAAACUAAUAUUUUGGGAGUGGCUUAUACCAUGAAACUUCUGUGUGACUUGUAUUGAUAAAAAAACAUUGUUGUAUAAUAAUAAAGGGAAAGUUAACUUCAGCUAGAUUACUGUUGCAAAGCACAAGUUUAAUUUGGAAUCACAACAUAUUCCUGAUCAUUAAAAUGAUUGAGUAGUAUUCAUGCCAGAUCGGUACGUCUUUAUAUUGGUAGUAGAUACUGGAUUUGAUAUCAAGUUGUUGGCAUGUGAAUUUCCCCAUCUCAAAGAUAUACUAACAGGCAUGCCAUAUGAGAAAUUGAAAUAUAGUUGCUUUUGCUUUUUUGCCCCUUGUGUAAAAGGACCUUUACUUUUUAACCGUACGGUUUUACAAUCAUUUUUUUGCCAACAUACAUUCACUACUUUUCUCAAUCUUAAUUUUGCCACAAACCGGGAUUAUGUUUAUGAAUGAUCUGAUGAACCAAUUUGUCUACACAGCUUUUGUUUUUGGCAGAGUGAAACAAACUGAAACGUAGACCUGCCUCCUCAACUCUGCCUCGUACAGGGGACAAGUUAUUAAUCGAAAGGUUUGAAUGUCAGACUUUCAAAAAAAUAGUCUGAAAAUAAUGAACAUCGUUGUCUGUGUCUCAUUCCAUUGGAAAUCAGGACUCGGCUCACUGUCCUUUCCCUCUGCCUCAUGAGCAGACGCUCCAUAUCAGUGUGCAAUACAUGCAAAAGUGAAAGUAGUGGAUUACAAACGAUGAUAUAAAUGUAUACUAUUCUUAAAAAAUACUUGUUAAAGGCUAAAAAUCUUAAAUGAGGACUUAUUACGUUUUUAAAAUGUGUUGAAGUUCUUUUUAUUUUAUGUAGAAGUUCUGUAGGUUUUAAUAGCACUGUUGAACAGGAACACUGGCUGAAGGAAGAAAAGUGCAUCACUAUUAAUGCCACCCUGUCAUGUUUCUCGUUUCACUGUUUGAUGUCUAUACCACGAUUAUUACCUCCCUUGUCGGGACAAAGUUUGAACGCAAGACAUGGUCAUUGUUGAAAAUCAUAAACAUGUAAAUGAAAUGUAUGUUCCCCCCCAGGCCAUGCUUUAGUUCUGGCCUUAUUCUGUGACCCACCCAGUACAGUAUGUUAACUGGGUGUUAAAAGAAACUAACCGCUGAAUUAAAGUUGUUAUGCUACAAA